AUGGUGAAGAAAUUGGCAUGCCUGAAGACAUCAAACAACAUACCCUUUGAGUUGUUUCUGAUUUUAGCAAAAUUGUGUUUGGAACUGCAAGAGAAUGGAGUAAGCACUUUACACAAUCAUCUGUUGAAACUUCUUGAAGAGGCAGCACCAGGAUUGAGCAUAGAGAAUAGAGACUCAAAUAAUGUAAUGGUGAAUUUAUCUACUGCAGCCCAGACGGCUUUAGACUCUGAGGUUGUUUUUAUCGGUCAAACUGCUGCGCAGAUGUUGAGAGUGUCUGUACUCGCCAGGGAUUGGUUACGGGCACCAGAGCCAAGAGGACCGAGGGCAGUAUGCCGCAGAGUUGUUGAAACCCUAGCUAGCGCUGACAGCGCUGCUUCACAGCUGUUCCCUACCAGCGUGAAGCCAUCAAGCGAUUCUAGUAGGCGCACAAUCUGGUCACGCGCCCCUUCCUCAUUUUCUCCUAUAAACAGAAUCUUUUCAGAACGUAUAGAGGUUUUCAGUCCGGCUGGUGCCGACAGGGGUGCUUUGUCCAAUGGGGCUUUGAAAGUGGCACUUAAAGCGCUUGUUGAAUGUGUCAGACUGCGUACAUUUAGUAGACACGGAUUGCAACAACUACAGGUGGACGUACAUUUUUUGCAACAAAGACUCUCCUGCAUGGGGAACGACGAGAGGCUUUUGAAUGCGCUGUUAGAAGAUGCUCUUGCAUCUGCACAAUUAAGGUGUGUCGACCCUCAGCUGAUGGAGCCCAGCAUUGUGGAUAUAAUAUGCGAAAGAGGU